CUCUCGACCUUUGGUGAUGCCUUCCAUGAAUCGAUAAUUCAUGGUAACAAACCGAGACAGUGUUUGUAACAGUUGCUAAGAGCAAUAAUAACGACAGUAGUGAUAAUAACGGACUCGGAGAGGGGAAAGAGGAAGAAUGAGUCUUCUCCACCACCUGUGGGACGACACCGUCGCCGGGCCGCCACCGGACACCGGCCUCGGCAAGCUCCGGAAGUCAUCCUCCUUCUCCCCUUCCUCACUCUCUGCUGCCGCCGCAGCAGCAGCAGCAGCUCCCGUCGCUCUUCAGGUCACUCGGAGCAUCACCAUCCUCCGGGGCAGCGCCUCCGCCGCACCGCCCUCACCGUCGUCUUCUGCCGCCUCGUCGCCUCGGGGCCCGUGGAGCGCCCUUGAUUCCCCUCUUUCCCCUCCGACGCCGAGGGGAGACUGGAAGAGGCUCCGGAGGAAGCCGACGCCGGUGGCCGAGGGGGUGGAGACUGCCGAGCCGAGAAGCCCCACCGUCUAUGACUGGGUGGUGAUAAGUUCUCUGGACAGUUGAAACUCGUAGAGAAAAAAAAAAAAGAGGAAAAAUGUUGAGCUGAAACAGCAAAAUAUGAAGAAGAUGCAGUAAGUGAAGAUUAUAUCUUUUGCUAGCAUGUAUGCAGAUUUUUUGUAACUACAAUAAAGUUGGAAGUGGAUGUAGAAGAAGAGAGGAAGAGAGAAAAAGAGAGAGAAAGGGGGUGUAUGAGAACUUGGAGGUGUGAAAAGAAACCCAAGCAGGGUGCAAUCAGUUUGUAAUGAAUGGAGUCUUGGUAUGUGGAUGUGAUGAUGGAUAAUGCAGUGCAUGUUAUCAGAGCUGUUGUGCUUGAAAUCACUGUUUGCUCCAUGAUUAGAAUUCCUGUA